AAGGAUAAAUGAGGAAGUGAAAGAAUGGAUGUUGGGAGGAAAGAAAGAUAAAAAGAGAAAAAAGAGAAAAGAAAGGAAAAUAUCAUUGUUGAGUAUCUGAUGCAUCAAGUAUUGAAAUCUUUGAACAGUGAUUCUCUCUUUCUCCUCCUUCGUUUCCUCCAAUUCAUCCUUCUUUUUUUUUUAUCUCCCUUUUUAAUCAUCCCUGCUCGUCCCUUUCUCCUUUCUCUUCUUUGCGCCUUCCUUCGUUGUUUUAAUCAACAUUUUCUUCCUCUUUCGUUCUGUCGUCCCUUCUUUCCUUCCCUCCUUCCUUCCUUUCUUUCUUCCACUUCCAUCGUAUAUCCUUCUCUCUUCUCUUAUAUUACUUUAUCAAUUCUUCUUUCUUUUUUACUUUUUAGCAUUGCCUUCCUCUCAAUUUUAUUUUUUCUAUCUUUUUUCCGUCUACAAUCCAACUUACAAAUUUAUUAUCCUAUAUAUUGUUCCUUUUCUUUUAUGCAUUUUAAUUCCUUCUUCUAUCUUCCCUUACGUUCAUCAUCAUCACAUUUGUCCAUAUUUUCAUCGUUCCUUCAUUCCCCUCGUCGUAUUCCAUUCAGAAACAUCUUCUUUACUCCUUCCUUUGUUUAUUCCACUCAUCAUUUUUCCAUUCAUUCAUUCUUCCCUCCCUUCCUUCCUUUCGUCCUUCCCUCCCUCGCAUCUCAUCCAUAAGUGUCUUCAUCCAUCCUCUUCCUUCUUCCCUUCCUUCUUCCUCGUAUCAACUUCACGAGUGGCUUCUUCCCAUUCCCAUCCCACACCUUCCUUCCCCCUUUCCUUUCCCAUCCUCAGCCGAGGGGACGAUUGCAAAAGAGACUACGCAAGAUUAUAUAUAACAACGCUCUCUACCCUCCCGUCGGUGACAGUGUAACACUCUCCCUCUCAACACAAACACUCACAGACGCCAGUUGGUCGCUGAACACCACGCUCGCUGCGCCAUCCCCACACAUCCUCCCCCAAGAAAACACAAACACAGAAAAAGACUUAAUUUUUAUUCUUAUCUCCUGUCUUUUUUCCCCUUUGACUUCCUCUGUUUCGUCUCUCUUGUUUCUCUUUUACCUGAGACAGAGACAACAAGAAGUUCGGUUCCAUUUCGAGGUUCACGUAAUCCGGAUCUUCAUUUGGGAACGUCAUGAUGCUACACCUGACGAGGCAUCUUAUUCUGGCAGCUCUGGUGGGAGUGUGCUUGUCCCAACGGAGCUACCUGCCGCCCACGAAUGGUUUCAACGGGAAUGGGAAUGGAAACGGCAAUGGGAAUGGAAAUGGCAAUGGUAUAAACGGGAAUGGAAAUGGCAACGGUAUAAACGGGAAUGGAAAUGGCAACGGUAUAAACGGGAAUGGAAAUGGCAACGGUAGUGGGAAUGGGAAUGGAAACAGCAAUGGGAAUGGAAAUGGAAACGGCAUAAACGGGAAUGGAAAUGGAAAUGGCAAUGGAAACGGUAACGGCUAUGGUUAUCGUUAUAAUGGGAAUGGCAAUGGAAAUGGUAAUGGCCUUAAUGGUAAUGGAAAUGGCAAUGGGUUCAAUGGUAAUGGAAACGGCAUCGGAAAUGGGAAUGGAAAUGGGAACGGAAAUGGCAACGGCUUGAAUGGGAAUGGAAAUGGUAAUGGUUUCAAUGGCAAUGGUAACGGAAAUGGCAACGGUUUUAAUGGCAAUGGCAAUGGUGACGGAAAUGGCAACGGUGUCAAUGGAAAUGGCAAUGGCAAUGGUAUAAAUGGCAAUGGUAAUGGCAACGGUUUCAGUGGUAAUGGAAAUGGCAAUGGCAAUGGUAAUGGAAAUGGCAACGGUUUCACUGGCAACGGAAAUGGCAAUGGCAAUGGCAAUGGUAUUAAUGGCAAUGGAAAUGGCAAUGGUUUCAAUGGUAAUGGCAACGGCAAUGGCAAUGGAAAUGGAAAUGGUAACGGAAAUGGUAACGGUUUCAAUGGUAAUGGAAAUGGCAAUGGCAACGGCAACGGGAACGGCAAUGGACACGCAAAUGGCAAUGGUUUCAACGGCGACCCAAUUGCGGCCCUAAGCGCGGCGAUCGGCGGCGGCGGCGUGGCUGGCGUGGACUACCCGAUCCUGGCCCAGGUUCCCGACACUGGCUUCACCUGCGCUGGCCUCAUCCCUGGCUACUACGCCGACACUGCUCCCGAGGCCGGUUGUCAGGUGUUCCACAUCUGCCAGGCGGGCGGGCGGCAGAGCUCCUUCCUGUGUCCCAACGGCACCGUGUUCAACCAGCAGUACUUCGUGUGCGACUGGUGGUACAACUUCGACUGCUCCACGGCGCCGGACUUCUACGACCUCAACGCCAACAUCGGGGUCACCAACGGAAAUGGGCAUGUUAACGGGAAUGGUAACGGUAAUGGAAAUGGCAACGGGAAUGGUAAUGGUAACGGAAAUGGUAAUGGCAAUGGCAACGGUAAUGGAAAUGGUAACGGCAACGGUAAUGGAGGCGGUAAUGGAAACGGUAACGGGAAUGGCAACGGUAAUGGAAACGGUAAUGGGAAUGGUAAUGGCAAUGGCAACGGUAAUGGAAACGGCAAUGGCAAUGGUAAUGGAAACGGGAAUGGUAAUGGCAACGGUAAUGGCAAUGGUAAUGGAAACGGGAAUGGUAAUGGCAACGGUAAUGGCAACGGUAAUGGAAACGGUAACGGCAACGGUAAUGGCAAUGGUAAUGGAAACGGGAAUGGUAAUGGCAACGGUAACGGCAACGGUAAUGGAAACGGUAACGGCAACGGUAAUGGCAAUGGUAAUGGUAACGGCAACGGUAAUGGCAAUGGAUACUCAUAUAACAGAAACGGGAAUGGGGGAAACGGAUUCGGUAAUAGCAACGGAUAUAGAUAUGGCAAUGGCAACAGUAAUGGUAAUGGCAAUGGUAACGGUAAUGGCAACGGAAACGGAAAUGGUAACGGUAACGGGAAUGGCAAUGGUAACAGUAACGGAAAUGGGAAUGGAGAUGGUAAUGGUAAUGGUAAUGGCAAUGGGAAUGGAUACAGUUAUCGCAGAAAUGGCAACGGGGGAAACGGAUUUAAUGGCAACGGUAUUGGACGAUGAAAAUAACAAAAGAAAGAGAAAAAGAAAACAGUCAUUAGUGAUAAAAUACUGACGGCAAAAAUAAAAGAGAAGAAUGAUCUCUCCGUAGAUUAUUAUUAUUAUUAUUAUUAUUAUUAUUAUUAUUAUUAUUAUUAUUAUUACUACUACUACUAUUAUUACUAUUCACCGUCAUUAUGGAAGGAUUGAAUUUCUUUAAUAUUGGUAAUGGAACGCCAAGGAACAAAUAUGUAAGGGAAAAAAUACUUAUAUUUUUGGCAUAAAUCGAUGACAUUAUCAGAGAGAGAGAGAGAGAGAGAGAGAGAGAGAGAGAGAGAGAGAGAGAGAGAGAGAGAGACUGUCACAGAUUCACUAUAAAUAUAUCAUUCACAUGCAGGUUCCAUUGUAAAAAUUCUGAUAAUCUGACUUUGAGAUAAGUGCCAAGACUCGUACAGGGCGAAGCUUUCAACAAUAGGUGAAGCAUUGCAGAUGACAGACGCUCGGCACAGAAAUAGUUGUCUCUUUGUUAGGACCGAACGCCUCAGCACUUGCUUCCUCCACCUCCACCACCACCACCACCACCUAACAUGUACUUUCUCUUGUGUAGGUGGUGGUGGUGGUGGUAGUGGUGGUAGUAGUGGUGGUGGUGGUGGUUGUAGUGGUAGUGAUGAUGAUGAUUGUAAUAAUAAUAAUAAUAAUAAUAAUAAUAAUAAUAAUAAUAAUAAUAAUAAUAAUAAUAACAAUGUACCAUUUUUGCACAGUAUGCAUUAUACUUCUCAGAUACACAUUAUUUUCUUGAGUUAUUACCGGUAUUACGUGUCCCGAAGGAGUGAUGUAUACAUGACAUACUAGUAGUAAGUGCCAUAAGUGUUUGUCAUUUAUGUCAAUACGUAAUCUCACAUUUUGUUUUAUUUUCUGUUGUUUCGUCUUUCGCAUAUUUACAACCGAGUCAUAGUUUAUGUCUUUUGUAAGUUGACGAAAAUGUGAAUAAAUGUAUUACAACAUG